GCCCCGCCCCUCCGCCGUACCAAGCCGGAUCUAUUUUUCGUGGCGGAGGGAGGUGGUCGCUUUCUCAGAAAUAGACAAGUAUAACAACUGCGGUAGAUCACAACGGCGACGACGGCGGCCAGGGCGGCGGCCGCACCCGGGCCGGGGGGCGAAGUACGGCUCGGCGCGGCCCCGCGGCUCCGGGGGGAGCUAGUCGGACCCGCUGGACUGCGAACCGAGGGUGCUUCCCCUUCUAUGUCUCCUGGACUUCUAAUGUACAUUGCUUGCAACCAUGCAUUCCCUAGUGUUCCUGUGUGCCCGUCAGGUGAUCCAGGACCAGGUCUUUGCCUGCCAGGCCUUGGCAUUCCUGCCCCAGGAGCUGUAUGCAGUGCUAUUCAAGGCUGCCUUCUUAGACAGAAAAACAUUGGUGUUGCAGAAGCUGGUACAGAUGUGGCCUUUCCCUCUCCUGAGCUUCCACCAGCUGCUGCGGGAGAAUUCUUCAGAUUGUCGUCGGAUUCCACUACAGGAAAGGCCAACAAAGGAGAGUGUUCAGGCUGUGAUCCUGGGGCUCUCUGCACGACUGAGGGAGCCACCCCCUCGCAGGAAGCUGCAGUUGCAGUUGUUGGACAUGACAGGAAUUCUGGAUUCUGGCUAUGAGGAAGACCUCACAACCAUGACCAUGUGGUCCCGUACCGUGUCUGUGAUCCAGACCUGCAUCAUGGGUCAGCUGAACAAAUCUUUACGACAGAGACGGCGGCGGGCCAAGCGCAGGAAGGCGGUCCCGCCCAUUUACACUCCGACCCCCAUAGAGGUUCGGGUGGAUCUCCGAGUGACCCACAGCUCUUACGGCUUUCUGAAGGACACACUACAGACGAGUGCUUUCAGCCCUCUGCGCCUCUGCUGUCGAGACUUCCGGGCUGAAGAGCUCCCUUUGAACAGCACUGUCGACAUGUUGGAGUUACUGGACCCCAUGCACUUGCGCCGAGUGGACCUGUGCUUCAACAGCCUCGAGUUAUCUGGCCUGUGUGAACUCAUGGCUUCGAUUGUGAAGUUCAACAACUUGCUGAGCCUGAAGCUUCAGUACAGCUAUGUGGACCUCUGGCAGCUCUCCUCCGAGGCAGAAGAGAGCUUCCGCUUGUUUAUCACAGAGCUUAACAAGUUGAACCGCCUCAGAGAGCUCAAUUUGGGUUCCUCUUGCCUUUCUGGUCGGCUGGGUCAGUUGCUCAGUGCCCUGCAGGAUCCCCUGGAGAGCCUGGAAGUGGCCUUCUGCUAUCUCCUCCCCACAGACUUGAGGUACCUGGCCCAAAGCCCACACGGCCCCCAUCUGAAGAAGUUGGACCUCAGCGGCAACAACCUUUCAGGCGCCCUCCUGGGCCCCUUCCAGUCUGUGCUGAAGGCCGUCUGCGUCUCUCUGACGCUCCUGAAUGUGACUGAAUGUGAGCUUAUGGACACCCACCUUAUUUCCACUCUUCCAAGCCUGUGCCGCUGUGUUCAUCUUCGCUACCUUGGUCUCUAUGGCAAUCCUCUCUCUACCUCUGGACUUAAAACCCUUUUGGUCCGGUCAGAGGUGCUGUCUGAGCUCCAGCUGGUGGUCUAUCCAUUCCCCGUGGACUGCUAUGAGAUUUUGCCGUGGCCACCCCCUGCUGCUAUCCUGCUGGAUGAGGAGAAGUUUGCCCACGUUCAGGCUGAAUUACGCCAGAUGCUCCUGUCAGCUGACCGCACUAACGUGUUGUGGACCACGGAUGUCUACGGUCCCAACAUGCCUGACUACUUUAGCUUAUAACUGGUGGUCUGCUUGCCAGGGAUGGAGAGGACCUUGUGGCCAUCCAUCCUCCCUGGAUUCGAGAGGCUGUCACCGGUAGUUCCGGUGCUGAUUCUUAGAGGCCCACAAGGAGUCUUGAGGCCUUCUCUCCUGCUGCUUGUCAUCUUUAAAUACUAGGAAUUCCGGCUUGUCUAGCAGGGGCAUGGAGCUAACUUUAUAGUUUGGGGAUGGGAGGGUUUGGGGAGGGUAUUUCUGUUGGAGUGAUAUUUAUGAGAACCCACCAGGUUUAUGAGAACCUAGGUUACCUUCUAGUCUACCAAAAGUGGGUCAGAGGGGCUUAUGGGGUCCUGUCAAGGAUACCAGAUAAGCUAGGCCAGGUAUUCAGAAAAGGUUGUCCUGACACAUGUCUGGUUUACUCUCUUAUACUCAUUCCAAGUGUGUGGAGAGAACCUUCAUCUUUUUCUACUUUAUAAGGCUUAUUCCUAUGUCCUCAGGACAUACUGGGCUGAUUUAGCCCAGGUGAGCACUUAAAGUCUUAUAGUGUUCAGUCAAUGGUUAAGUAUACCAAGGAGACUCGGGAGUUUUCCCUGGCCAGUUUGGAAUGCUGGUGUUAGGGUUUGAUUUCAGAGUCCCCAUGGAUCUAACUCUAGCCAUUCAGUGGGCUCCAUAUGCUUACUUUAGUUCUGAACCAUAAUGACAUUUUUGUGGAUAAAGGACUAAUAUUAUGAACAAGUAGCAUGAACUUGCUUAGCAUUCCCCCUUAAAUUCUGUGGGUGUUGGGGAUAUUUGAAUUAACCGUUCAAACCACAAGUGUUGCACCAGAAUAGAAAUCUCUGUCUUUAGAUUGUGAGGUCCCCCUGUGUUUUUUGAUGUCUUCUUUUUGAUAUAUAUUUCCUAUUGUAUCUUCUAGGUGAUUGUGUAGGAGCUGGAAUAUUCUCCAAAGGGCUCCUUUUCCCAGGAGUCUUUUCCCAGGUUUUUAUCUGAAUUCUUGGUUCAUUUUAGGAGAAGAUGUUUAAAUUGUGGUCCAUAUGUAAGGUGGGUUCCCACUGGGGAAAACUUUGUGUAGCAUAGGAACUAGGUGUGAGUCCUUCUUCUUGACUGAAGUUAUCCUUAAAUGAGUGCCCCUUUUUCAUUUAAGAGGGGUUCUAUUCUGCCAGGGUGUUCCAGGGGCCACUAGAGGAGGUCGGGUUCUUGGGUUUCUUUAUAUUCUUCACAUAACACAUUACAAACAGCAACAUAUUAUACCUUUCCAAAUUAGAAGGCUUCAUUCUAAUAAAAUCCAAACAAAUUUCUUACUGUUUGGAUUUGAUUCUGCAGAGCCAGUAGCUUGGCCACCAUUUGGCAUAGACCCAGCAGGCUUUGUUUUGCCAGAAAUUCUCCUUUGGUUGCUAUAGAGAGUGAUCUGUUUCUUGAAGGAAUAUUAAUGCUUGGCAAGCAAAGUUAGGUAAGACCUGCAUCUCCUGCUGUUCUUUGAAGGGGGUGUAUUUUUAUUGCUUAUACCUUCUACAUUUGCAUAUGUGUUGAAAACUCCUUGCCAGUUACAGCAUAUUGCCUGGGUGAAAACUAAGUGAUAAUACUAAAAGUAAGCCAGCUUGGAUUUUAUAUCCAGAAAGCAGUUCAGUGAUUAACAAUAAAAAUACAAUUAUACAUAUACACCUUUUCUUAGCAUGGUUCACAUUUUCUUUAGUUACUAUUUUAAUCUCAGAAGCAUAGUUUUUAACUCUAGACAAGUGAUAAAUCUUGAAUAAUUUUGGAAUAAAUUAGUCUCCAAAUUAUUUCACUUCUAGGAUAAUAGUGUACAUGUAAUUCACAUAAAGAGCAGAUGCAUCAGUUGGCAGAAUAUUUUCUUGUACUUUAAACUCCCACAUUGCAUACAAAACUAUUUUCAUACCUUUGGACACAUGUACACAUUUAAAAUUUACAUGAAUAAUAGAUUGUUUUUCAAAAUAUUCAAACUAUUAAUUUGCCUGAAGAAAGGACUCAAAAAUAUUUGCUUCCUAUGCACAGUUAUUUUUCAUUCUUUCAGAUGCUUAAAGUUCUCCCAGUACUUGUGAAAUGAACUCAAAAAUUAUCAGGUAAAUACUUCUUCCUCUAUCAGUUAAAAAACUAUCUUGUUACUCUUUAAAACAAUCAGGUAUAAUGAUUGGAUUUCUAGAAUGCCCAUGUUCAUCUAUCUGCUGCUUUUGUGCUGGGGUUAACACUAACAUUCUUAAGAUUAUAUCUCUACCCUUAUAAUCUAUGGCUAAUAUAGUACAUAUAGUCCUGCUGUUAGUUCAUUUUAAAUAUUUUUAGAAGGCAUCGUUUUUCUGAUUCUGAGUCUGAUUUCAGGGGAUUGACCUGAAUAAUUCUUCUAGAACUAAGAACCUCUUUUACUCCUUAAGGAGUAGAUCUAGGGUAGGAGUUUUUAACAUUUUGUGUCAUGGACCCUCUUGGUACUGAUGAAGCCCAUAGAUCCCUUUUCUGAAUAAUGUUUUUAAAUUCAGAGUAAAAUACAUAGAAUUAGAAAGGAAACCAGUUAUAUUGAAAUGCAGUUUAAAAUUUUUUAAACAAGUUCAUAGAUCCCAGGUUAGGAUGUAGUUUAAAGGUGACAUUGGGCAACCAACUUGUAUCAUGGAUUAGUUAUGGAGAGUAGGGGGGGGGUAACAGAGUGUCUGCCAUUGUAACCUAGGAAAUCAUGUGCCUGAAUUCAUUGUAGUUAUUUUUUUUUUAACCCAAAGGGUUCAUACUUUUUUGAUAGAUUUAAUUGAAUUGGACACAUAUAUAUCAUGACUCAGAUUAUUUUGGGAGCUUGAAAUUUUUUUAAUACCAACACUAGAUGGACUUCAACACUGGGGUAAAUAUAAUUUUUAAGGGGUCUUGCUUCAGAAGACUUUGUAUAUGGCUCAAGGUUGUCAAAGGGCAAAUCAGUAAGAAAGAGUUCUUCAUGCCUGACUUGAAAUAUGCUAACCUGAGAAUAAAUAGACUAGAAACCCCGGUUCUCAACCAUUUUUUGGAUCAAAGGGUCAAACAUAAAAAUUUUAGUUGGGAACCUUAGAAAUUGUCUAGUCCAACCUCCUGAUAUUAUGAAUUAGGAAACUAAAACCUACAGAAGUUGCAGAGCUAGAGUUCAAAUUCUUAUUUUCUGAUCCCUAUUUCAGAUAUUUCUUAUGAUACUAUGCAGUCUAUUUUUCUUGUUCAGACAUAAUGGUGAUUUUUAUCUAUUAGCUCUUGGUAUAGCUCUGGUGCCUUGAUAUGUGACUUGUGGAGCAUUAUUAAUAUAAUUGCUGGGGGUUCUGUGUAGGGUUUGGUGGGAGACAUAAUCAUGCUCGUUGGGUAAGAGAAUGCAGUACCCUGAGUCCUAGUAUCAAGAAAAGGUUUCUUGGGUGAGAGAGGUUGCUUUUUUUUUUUUUUUAAAUUUAAGGGACUCCCAGGGAAUAAAUAGGAAUAUAGAGCAGCUUUUUUCCACCAUAUAGAGGAAGUGAAAGGAAAUAGGUGUUAAUUUAAUGUUCUUUUGAAGAUUUCAGGGAAGACGGUGAGACAAAAAGUAGGAUGGGAUGUCUAGCCUAGAACAUGCCCUCAAUGAGAAAUGAAAAUGUUGAAAAUAAAUAUAAUCAGAAUAUUUAAAAUCAACCUGGAUCUAAAAAAGAAAAUGAAAGUAGUUGGUGAAAGCACAAUUUAAAAAUUCUGCAGUCCAAGGAUUAAUGUCAAAGCACCAGGAAUAUAUGAAGAUUGGGGAGCAGAACUCACUUGAUAAAUAAUGGACAAGAGAGUUUGGAUAUAUGUUUUUAAGGAAAUGAAAGGCCUAACUUAAAAGGAAAGAGGACAAAUUCAAGAAACUUUCCUAGUUAGUUCUGGAUCUUUAGCAAUAAAAACUAGGAUAAAAGGGGAUCAAAUUUGGCAUUGAAAAUAUGAAGGAUAAUUCAGGAUUAAAAUGAUAAAAGUCAGAUCCAGUUCUUGGAACAAGCAUCUCCAAGAUUAAAGUAGGGUUUAAAUGGAACUUGAACUUACUGUUAAUGGGGUUUGUGGGUUUUAAUUAGGAUCAUCUAUGCUACAAAAUGAAGGAACAGCUGAAUAUAGAAAUAGUUUUCUGAGAAUUGAGACAUUUUUUCCAUAUCUGAAAACAAAACCAGUUUUAGAAAUUGAAGGAAUUCAUUAGCUUUUGUUGUUGAAGAAAUCUCACCAAAAGAUUCUAUGGCACAAAAAGGUGAAAUUCCCAAAUUCAGAUAAAGGGGAGACUUCUCCAAGCAACAACAAAAAAAGAGUAUAGACAGUGUGCUUCAGAAGUCUUAAGUGAAGUUUAAAGGUAUAAUAACACGAAGCUCUAGUGCUAUUUUUAAAAUUUUUGGAACAGCCUGUAUAAAAGAUUACAACCUCUAAUUAUGUACAGAUAUAAUAGGAGAUGAAAGAAAAGGCCUCCAAACAUCAUAAAACCAAAACAUGGGGUAAAAUCUGAGAGUAAUAGAGUGCCAAAGAACUAAACAUCCUUUCUGAAGUCAGAAGAAUAUCCAUAUAAAUAAGUUAAACAGAAAUCAUUAUGAGAAGACCAUAUUCAUUUAGUCUCCAUAAGUCUUUGAAAUGUGUUGGGGCAACAUUGACAUAUUUAAAGACAUAAUAUUAAACAGUUAAGACCAGGGAGGUUCUUUAAAUUUGUUCAGUUAUUAGAUUAGGAAAUAGAUUUAAAUUUUACAAGUUCACACAAGAUAAAAUCAAACAUAAGCAAUAUAAUAUUUUUAUUUUUGAAAGGGAGAUAUCAAUGAAUUAUUUUGUGAAUUUAAGACAAUAAUACAGAAAGGAUAUGAAGAGGGAAAGAGUAAACAAAUCCCAGAGCACAGCUUUAAGUCUCUAAAAGAAGAGGAGAAGAUGGGUCUAAGGUCAUAUGAGUGUACACACCUAUGUAAAAUUACAAUAAAUAAUACAGUUCCUUCUGAUUAGAAAAACCUCCCUCUAAAUUCAUUUCUAGUUUUCAACAAAAAUAGAUUUUUAAAAGGAUAAGAUAUAUCACGUAUUAUAGUUAGAACAGAAAGUAUUAACUCAAAUCCUAUAAGUUAUAUAGCUUUGUUAAUUAAAUGUCAAUAUCAUGUCUUCAUGAAACACUUUUCACAUUUCUUUAGUGUCUUAAGACUUGAAGAGCUCUAUCUUCAUAAUAAACCCAUUUUACAGAUGAAUUGAAGCCCAGAAAGUUGAAGUAUUUCAGAGUUGCCCAGAGUCACAUAGGUAAUAAGUGUUCUGAUACUUUUAUUCAUUUAUACUUAGAAAUUUUUACAUAAUGACAUAGCUAGUUCUGGCUAUUACUUGAACUCAUGCUUUAUGACUCCAAGAUCAGUGUGCUUUUGAUGAUACCAUGUCACUUUAAAAAUCAGUAGUGUAUAUGCUAAUAAAAGAAAAACAGGGCUAUCCAUUAAAAAUUGCAAAUUUAAUUUUUCUGAUUUGAACUCUGUUUUGAGAGAAGUAGGAAUGUUAUAUGUGAAAGGCAUAAUGAAUAACAAAAUGAGAAUGAUGGUGAAUGAACAUGCCUCAAUAAUAUAUGUGGAAGAAAAAGCUAGAGUUCUGCAGGAACAAAGAACUAAUAUCUAUGGUGUCUCAUGUCAUUAGAAAAUGACCAAAUAAGUAGAAAAAUCACAUACUUAACAAUGUAAAGAAAACACUACUAUGUACUCUUCGGUACUAAUCAGUACUUUCAGUACUAUCCAGCUUAAAUUCACUAUCCCAUUUUAUAGAUGAAACUGAGAAAAAGAACAAAUUGUAGAACUUUAAAACAUCAGGUAAUACUGUGCAUAGUUAUGUCACAGAAAUUAA